AUGCGAAGUUUCGUAUACAAGUUUGUGCAUUUUGAUAGGCUACAAUUUCGUGCAUUCGGUAUAAAUUCAUGUACACAGGCAGUUGCUUUAUUGAUUAUCAUUCCUAAAACGAUAAUGGUGCGCGGAAACUCUCUCAUUGACGACUUAAAGCUUCUUAUCAAUAAUCCUCGAUAUAGUGAUAUAGAAAUUAGUUGCAAGGAUAAUUCUGUCCUUUAUGGUAACAGUGCAAUUCUUGCUGCUCGUUCCGAA